CGUCACACCACUGUUGGGUUCGCGCCGCGGACAGUCGGCAGGUAGGGUCUGGGAACUGUCAGGCAGCUGGUCCACGGUAGCUUGGUAGUGGUACAAGAGCUAGGCGAGAUUGCCGUGGACGACGCGUCUCGAGUGACCAGGACAGGACACACAGACACACGAGUGGUGCGGCAACCAGCAUGUCGACCGCAGCGGCAGCGAUCUCUGUGCUGGCGUGCGCCCUCCUCUGCGGAGCGGGACACGCCUUCCCCGUGGGAGGAGACAUCUCGGACACAAACGCAAUGAUAUACUUAUCGCAGUUCGGGUACAUCAACAAGAGUCUUAGCCAAUUCAGCUCCGGCUACUUCAACAGGGAUCAACUCUCUACGGCCAUCGCAGACUUCCAGUCAUUCGCUGGACUGAACAUAACUGGCGAGCUGGACGAGGAGACGAAGGCGACAAUGAGCCUGCCGCGGUGCGGAGUCAAGGACCGCAUCGGAUACGGCGCCAGCUCGCGCAGCAAGCGCUACGCCCUCCAAGGAAGCCGGUGGCGUGUCAAGAGCCUGAAGUACCGCAUCUCCAAGUACCCGAGCAACCUGAACCACGGCAAGGUUGACCGCGAGUUGGCCAGGGCGUUCGGCGUGUGGUCCGACUACACCGACCUGACCUUCACGCAGGUGAAGAGCGGCUCGGAACAGGUGCACAUCGACAUCCGCUUCGAGAAGGGCGAGCACGGCGACGGAGACCCGUUCGACGGGCCCGGAGGUACCCUGGCCCACGCCUACUUCCCCGUCUACGGCGGAGACGCGCACUUCGACGACGCCGAGCACUGGACCAUCGACAGCUACAGAGGCACUAACCUUUUCCAAGUGGCGGCUCACGAAUUCGGCCAUUCCUUGGGGUUGUCGCAUUCGGACGUCAAGACGGCCCUGAUGGCACCUUUCUACCGAGGAUACGAGCCAUCAUUUACGUUGGACACUGAUGACAUCUUGGGUAUCCAGAAACUGUACGGCAAGAAGACUCGCGGCUCCGGAGGCAGCAGCGGUGGCGGCAGUGACGGCAGCAGUAGCGGCUCGGACAACACCCCCAAGCAGCCCAAGGUGCCCACCGCCCCCGGCAGCGGCGGCACGCUCUGCAAGAACGCUUCCGUGGACACCAUCUUCCGCGCCGAGGAGGACACGCACUACGUCUUCAAGGGCGAUCUCUACUGGAAGCUGACCGAAGACGGCGUCGCGGCGGGCUACCCGCGCAAGAUCUCCGACUCCUGGCAGGGGCUGCCCGGAGACAUCGACGCCGCCUUCACCUACCGCAACGGCAAGACGUACUUCUUCAAGGGACCGCACUACUGGCGCUACGUGGGCAAGCGGAUGGACGGCGACUACCCCAAGCUCAUCUCGGAGGGCUUCACCGGCAUCCCCGACAAUAUCGACGCUGCCGUCGUCUGGACCGGCAACGGCAAGAUCUACUUCUACAAGGGAACCAAGUUCUGGAAGUUCGACCCGGCCCAAAGGCCCCCCGUGAAGAGCAUCUACCCCAAGCCCAUCUCCAACUGGGAGGGCAUCCCCAACAACAUCGACACCGCCACCGUCUACCACGGAUACACCUACUUCUUCAAGAAUGGACAGUACUGGCGGUUUGACGACAGGUCCUUUGCGGUGGACAACGCCAACCCUAAGUUCCCGAGGCCGACGUCGAAGUGGUGGUUCGGCUGCAAAGGUGAAUUAGUAGAUGGGAACAACAGAGUGGGGGGUGAGGAGCGGCCGCAGUCGGAGCGCGACAGCGAAGUGGGGGACAGCGACUUAGACGCAGACGAUAGCAACGUGGAGCCACCACGGGACACCAGAGCCAACCUUGGUAACCAGGCAGCGACGAAGGCGCCCCUGCCGGUCUUUGUGGCAAUCACGGCGACGGCAGCGCUCCUCGCGGCGAUGCCCGGACAUCUGCUGACGCACUAGCACACCUCGGCUGCACAUUGCCACUUGCACAGACGUCACGGAUCGCACGACAACUGUCUCUCUACCACAGCACCACCACCACCACACGAUACCCUCCCUCUCCUCUCACUAGUCUGUAAGUUAAUUUAUUUACAACAGCUUUCUUGCGCCAACAAGAAGUCGGCUGUGAACUACGAAGUUUGUUCUCAGUUCAGCAUGACGAUGGAUCGUCAUGCUUUGAGAUGGCCACGACUGAAGAUAAAGAGACUUGGUAACCCUCUCGGGGUAAGGUGCAAAGAGUCACUGUUUUUGUAAGUGUAAAAGGCAUCGAGCAUGUUGUGUCGGUUCUGAGCACGUUAUGUAACUAUCACAAUGCACCUGGAGUGGAUCUGGAUAACUAGUAGAUGGGCGAUGAAGUGAGUCGAGGAGUUAAACGAACAGCUUCCGAACAGAGAGGCAACAAACAUUUAUUUUACUACAUAAAUAUGACAAUAUUUCUAUACAAACUGCUUCAUUUUAUAUUAACAUGGCUGUAGAUGAUACUCGGCACUAAAUACACCAAUACAUAUUACGGAAGGCUCCUCGACUUACUUGAUUCGCUGCAGAUUUUUCACGUUGUUGCCCAUAAAAGAUGAAAACAGUGCACUGACCCGUCACAUCUGUAAAUGUUCACAACUGAAACUACUAACGCAUGCUGGAGACAAGACUAAGUACAAAAUUCUCCGUCCCAGAAAAAUCCUGUGCCUCAUUACUAUCACUUUUGUAAUGUACUGAAUGGAUCCUUACUUAUUUCAGACACGGAUCACGAGAUUACUCAUCUCAUAAGUCUGCUGCUGCGGACGUUACAGAGUUAGAAAAGUCAAAUCCGGUAACUGUAGAGAAGAAGGACCAUUUCGAAAUUCUCAGGAAGAUUUUUAAUACUACAGUGGUUAUUGUAAACUUUGUAUGAGUUAAGUAAUUUCGAGGAAAAUAUAUAAACUAGUUUCUGAAUAUUUAAGUUCUGCGGAACAGAAAAUCUUCACAGUUGUGCCUUAAUCAUUCCACGACGCUUUGUAGCGAGAAUUCAUGUUUAUAGCCCAGCAAUGUCUGUUGAAGCUAGUCAAGAAACGAAUAGCGUGAAGGAUCAGUGCAAACGUAAAUGUUUACUUUUAUAUUUUUCCCAGAAAACAGUAUACAUAUAUUUCAACAGUAUGAGCAGAUCUCACCUGCUGCCUGGUUUUAAUGUGUCUGAAGUUGUUGUAGGGAAUACAAUAAAUGCUUACUCAGAGAGGAAGACAGCGCAAGUGCGUGUAUGAUGAGUGCUCAGUUCCAUACCGGUAAUUCUCAGUCGGAUUCUAAGAAGCACAACAUGCUCCUAUAAGGGACGAUGAAGGGGUUUUUAAGUGCUCUACUCAGGAUUGAGGUAGCAGUGCCUCUGGAAACUCAGGGGGAAACAUAUUAACUGGGGAGAAUAGCCAGAUGUGCCUUUGCUUGUCUCCUCUUCAGAGAGGGGCGAAAGCGGUCGUUGAAGAAUGGAGAGUGUUUGUAAUUAUGUCGCCUCCAUGUUUUAAUGCAGCUCGUCGGCCAACAAUGUUCACAUAUUCACCAGGAUACUCCUCGCAACAGUUUUAAAUCAAUAGGGUAGCAUGUAAAAUAUUUUGCUCUCAAGUGCAAAAGCUUUGCGCAUCUCUGGAGAACGUAUUCUUAUGUCUAAGGCGAUUAAAUCAGUGGUAACCUUACAGAACAAAUAACAUAAAAUUAACCAUAGGGAUUUCCACAAUCUUGUCCCACCUGAGACAAUAAAAAGUGGGGAAAACAUGCCUGGUGAGAAAGUGGACAAAGUUUGCUCUGCAUUCCAUCCAAACAUAUGAAAUGAAAUGAAAUAUACCACGAACUGUGAUUAUUUUUGUAUAUAUAUAUUAUGUAUAUGUUUGUGUGAAUGUGUUUUGUACAUUGUAAUGUUAUGAUUGGGCAGGGUCGGACAGUGACAUAGUGUUUGGAUUAGAUCUCGGGGGCGGUAACUAAGGCAAUGUCUCCUGGUGGACGUUUUCUGAGGAGUCCUCUUAAAGAGGGAUUCCAGGUGUUGAACAUUGUUCUUGUGACAGGCCAUAGUUCCACUUCGCCAGCCGGGGUUUGCAGCUCUGCCACUGUCCGGCCCUGCAUUUGAGAGCAUUGUUUAUGUAUAUGUUCAUGUGUAUAACCUCUGUGCUGAAUGCACAUGUUCCUAGAAGUUGCGCCGACAACAUGUCCUGUGUGCAUCUGACAAUACCACUCCACCAGCGCGUGUGGGCUCUGGACUGCAACAACGCCGUUGCCAACAAAGCAAUAUUUGCCAACAAAGCGAUAUUUACGAAUAGGGCGGCAGACGAAUAAAUCUGACUGUAUGUAAUGUCUGUAAAGUUGAUAGUAGAGCACAAAAGUUGAAAAACAAUAGUAAACCCAUGAUUAAAAACAGUGUUUUAGAUUUCAUUUUUAGCAAACAGCUGUACACCGAACAUGUUGUCUGAAACACAAUAAACCAAGGUACAGUAUUACCACUGUGCCAGAUUAUGCCUGACACAAUAAUGCGAUGAACGUUUUUAUUGUGAAAAUGUCAUUCAUUAAAAAGUUAUGUACAUUAUAAAAUAUAAUAAAAUAUUUUGUUAAAAAUUUAAA